GCUCUGACCCUCUGUCUCGCUCACUGGCUAGAUCCACUGGGCGGGGCGGGUCUCGCAAUUUCACAGCGCGUGCCUGCCUGCCUCUCUGCCUGCAGUGAGAUUGCAGUAAGAGGAAGAAUGGGUAGCUCUCGCAUUUAUACUUUGUGUGAUUGGGUUUUGUAGUUGAGGGGGCUGUGGGUGAGGAUUUGAUGCAAUAGUAGCAGUUAUGGUGGUGGUGGUAGUAGUAGUAGCAGCAGGUGGGGUCAAUUGAAGUGGAUUGAGGUGAGGUGAGGUGUGUGUGUGUGUGUGUGUGUUGUGGGGACGAUGACGAAUGGGCAGCAGCUGCUGCUGGUUGUGUAGUAGCUGAAACGUCUACGGGGAUUUUGGUACUUAAAUGGCUGCGUGGCUUCGAUCUUUCUCGUGGCAGAGGUAUCAUGGCGAUUUUGGUACCUAGAGCUUAUUGGAUCGCGACUGUGGUGUUUCUCGCUAGUGUCAUCGCCUUGGUUGGGUACCAAUUUUCUUCAGAGACAUCUUUCUCGCGUUUGCGGCUGUGGUAUGCGCUCGCUACAGCUGAGGAGAGUCCGUUUGCUCCGGCUCUGGCUCCCUCUUUCUCGAAUCAAAGCGAGAUCUUUGUGAACGAAUAUGGCCCAGCAGUUGCCGCACCAGUUCCUCAGGAGAGGCUUUUUGAGAAUUCCACAGGAUCACGAGUUGCCGUAUGCCUGGUUGGAGGGGCACGUGCUUUUGAGUUGACCGGAAAGACGCUCAAGAAGUACGUCGUGAAUGCUUACAAUAACACAGAUAUAUUCCUACACUCGCCUCUGGAUAAGGAUUCUCACAAGUUUACGCUGCUUAGUGGAGCUGUGGGGCUCGCCAGUGCCCGCAUCUUCGUUCCGGAAAGACUCCCCGAAAGUACCUUGCAGCGAGAAGUGCUCACUGCGGCGAAUUCCCCCAAUGGAAUACAGGGGUUGCUACAGUACUUCAAUUUGGUCGAAGGAUGUCUUGGAUUGAUUAGCGAAUACGAGAAGAAACACAACAUCAAGUACGAUUGGAUUGUUCGGACCAGGGUCGACGGAUACUGGACCGGACCACUUCCGCCUUUGAGUUCGUUGAACCCCUCAGUUUAUCACAUCCCAGAAGGAUCCCAUUACGGUGGUCUCAAUGACAGGCUGGGUGUCGGGAAUGCUGAAACUUCUAGGGUAGCAUUAUCAAGGCUCAGCUUACUACCACUUCUUCACCAACGGGGUGCCAGAAACUUGAACUCCGAGACGGCUUUCAAAGCGCAGUUGAGAUACUCAAACGUGCGGUAUUCAUUGACCAGUUUCCCUUUCUGCAUACUCACUUACCGGAAAUACGCCUGGCCCCCGGCCUACUUCGGCGUGCCAGUGGCGUCUCUCUCGACAAAGGGUGAUAUGAACGGUGUCAAGUGCAAACCAUGCACCCCUAAGGCGACAGGGUCAGAAGCGCAAGCCAUAGUGUCCAAGCUUGGGAAAGGCUGGGGGUUUCCUGGCCACAUAGAAGGGCUUGAGCUUUGUGAUGCUCGUCAAGACUGGGAGCCACAGUGGCGUACCAUAUAUGAGAAAGAAUCUGGCCAAGAAUUCUCUAGUGAUGCCAAGAAUGUCACGACCAGGUCUAUCGCUGAGUGUGUGCGGGAUAUGGAAGAGUUUCAGAAGCAAUGGGAGGUGUGGGAUGCACCUCCAGCCCAGGUGAUUUGUUCCAAGGGCAGCAAUGAGCAGCAGGUUGGAAAUUGAGGGUCCUCGAAGUUCUCUGGGUAGACGAGGGUUUUACGCCGCACAGUAGAUAUGAGCUAGCAUUGUGUAUCCUGGAAAAACGGCUUAGAGUGAAGUUGCCGAUUCUUCGCCUUCAGUACAAGUUUUUAACUCGUGCAUUGAAGGGUUUUCAACAACUCGUGCAUUGAAGGGUCCUUAUACUCUUGUCAUGAGUCGCCGAAGCAGCAGCAAGAGCAAGGCAGUUCUUGGUAGUAGCCAAUACCAAAGUGAAGCAGAGCUCUAGGAACCUUCUCCUGCCCAGUUCUGCUCUCUCAGGCGAAUGGAGAGCUGAUUAUCGUCUGAUUUCUUUUUUGCUAGGAUUAGUUUUAUUCGUUGAGUUUUGGUAGGGACAUCAUAGGGAUGUAAUUUCUACAGCAAGAACAGUGGAUGGUUUUUUUCCUGAAACAAACCGAGUUUGAAGAGAGAGUAGAAAGGAAGAAAAAAACAGACGAUAAAAGUAGCUUGAAAUGUGCAUGUCAAGCGACGGGCACUGCUCCGUUUUGCUUCACUCAUAGUUCGGAAUCUAUCUUUAUUAGGUCAGCUGAUCCAGAGAUUGCGGCAGUGCAUCUUGAUAACUAACCUCCUUCAGUCUAAGUUGCUCAAACCUUGACUACGCUCUGUCAAAUUCUGCAAAGAAUACAUGGAAAGGACUGGAGCGGCAGAUCACAACUGUUCUCAACGUGUGCUUUGCGCGUGGAAUCUGACCUCACAUCUCCAGUUCACGCAGCAACUGUCACUUCUAAAAUGGCUCCACAAUGCUCAGGGUAGCUACAUCCAGUGUCUCGCACCCCAGAUCUUGCCAAAAACACCGCUUUUAGAUGGAACCUGCCGGUUUGUAUUAGAAAGCAGGGUUUGAAGAUGUUAUGCUAAAUCGACAGUUAGCCCUGGACUGAUUUCCUGCUGAUCUGACUGGAGUUUGUGAAUUCUUUCGCAAAACCUUUCCUCUUUGCUGCUCCCAUUUUCAAUUUUUUUUAUGUUCAGGAUCAACUUUAUAUUAGUUGGGUAAUCAGUGCAUUCUAUUCUAUGGUUUGGUGAUAGUUUAGUUUUAGAAUAAUUUUCUUGGCUUGUGCAUAGAUAAGUGGUGUAGUUUGGUUAGUGAUACAUCAUAAAAUAAGAACCAGUUUUGUGAAAGAAUAAGACAAGCUGUCCAUGUUAUUUAUUUAUUUAUUUAUUUAUAGUUGUAUAGUUUUAUUUUA